AUGAACACAACAAAUGACAACUUAGCCAAUCCCACCACCUGGCAAGACACUGAAGGUGAUUUUCCCAACUGCACUGAUGUGGAAGUUGGUCUGAAGACUUUGUACCUCCCCAUCAUGUACAGCAUCAUCUUCCUGGUGAGUUUCCCAGGAAACAUCAUUGUGAUUUAUGUUUACAACUUCAAGAUGAGGCCUUGGAAGAGCAGCACCAUCAUAAUGUUGAACCUCGCGCUCACAGACCUGCUCUACCUCACCAGCCUUCCCUUCUUGAUACACUACUAUGCCAGCGGGGAGCACUGGAUCUUUGGAGAAUUCAUGUGCAAGUUCAUCCGCUUUGGCUUCCACUUCAACUUGUACAGCAGCAUCCUCUUCCUCACCUGCUUCAGCACUUUCCGCUACAUGAUGAUUGUCCACCCUAUGAAGUUCUUCCACAUCCAGAGGAAGUGGUGGGCAGUGGUGGCUUGCACAGGCAUUUGGGUGAUCUCACUGGCAGCUGUCAGCCCUGUCAACUUCUUGAUCUCCUCAAAAAAGGUGCAAAACAGAUCCUUAUGCCUUGAUCUUACGAGCUCUGAAAACCUGGGCACAAUCAGGUGGUAUAACUGGCUGCUGACUGGCCUGGCCUUCUUCUUGCCCUUGCUGAUGGUGACUCUGUUCUACGCACUUAUUAUUUACACCUUGGCUACUGG